GAGAUGGGUUCUGAUGAGAAUUCUGGGAAUUGAGGGUGUAUUUUCAGGAUGGGGAAGCAAAUUUAAAGAUCCAGAGGCCCUUUAUUUUUCUCAUUUUUGACAACUUGCUUUGUACCUGGGAUUGUUGUAAACACUGGGGAUAAGGCAGGAAGGAAAACAGAAUCUCUGUGUUCAUGGUGGUGGAGAGCACUUGAAGCCAUUUUAGAAAACCUGAAAGUCAAUCGGUAUGGCAGGAUUGCAGGGAGCAAGGAGGAGUGUGCAUCAGGCCAGACCUGAAGGGCUUUGAGGCAAAAAUAUGAGUUUGGACUUUGUCCUCAGGACAGUGGGGAGCCAUGAACCAGUUUCCAGCAGCAGGGGUUGCCACUCUGAGAGGAAGGAUGGGGCGUCGAGAGGAUGUAUGAGGCACCACCAGAGGACACGCUGCGGAAAACUCCUUAUAAGAAGAAGGCCGCGGGGGCAUCAUGGUAGGAGGCUUGAAGAGGAAACACUCAGAUCUGGAGGAGGAAGAGGAGGAUGAGAAGUGGAACUGGGGUCCAGCAGGCCUGCGGAGCUACCAGCAAGCCCUGCUCCGUAUCUCCCUAGACAAAGUCCAACGAAGCCUGGGCCCCCGAGCACCCAGCCUUCGCAGGCAUGUCCUCAUCCACAAUACCCUCCAGCAGCUCCAAGCUGCGCUUUGCCUGACUCCUGCACCUGCCCUGCCCCCAGAGCCCCUCUUCCUGGGCGAGGAGGACUUCUCCCUGUCGGCCACCAUCGGCUCUAUUCUGAGGGAGCUGGAGACCUCCAUGGAUGAGACUGAGCCCCCUCAGAAUCCAGUGGCUCCCCCGGGCCCCCAGAAUGAAGUGCUGCCCCAGCCCGAUCCAGUCUUCUUAGAAGCUCUGAGCUCCCGGUACCUGGGGGACUCUGGCCUGGAUGACUUCUUCCUGGACAUUGACACAUCUGCAGUGGAGAAGGAGCCUUCCCUGGCCCCACCAGAGCCUCCUCACAACCUUUUCUGUGCCCCAGGGUCCUGGGAGUGGAAUGAACUAGAUCACAUCAUGGAAAUCAUUCUGGGAUCCUAAAACUUUGAUGGGGGGUGCCUCUUCCUCGUCGCAGCCUUGGUGGGCUGAAUCCCUGGAUGCAACUGUGUGUGUGUGUGUGUGUGUGUGUGUGUGUGUUUUGAUGGGGGCUCUAAGCAGUGGCUGUGUCCUCCUUCCUCCCAUUUCAGGGUUCCAGAUUGUCUCGCAUGUAUGUGUGUGUCUGGUUAUCGCAACCUUCUGUGAAGGUGGGUCUUCCUGAAUUAAUUUAUCUGUUCCAAAUGCCUUAAUGAGACUCUGUUUCUGGGAGUCUGAUUUCCCACUUCCACAUUUCUUCUGCCUUUCCCUCCAGUUCCUACUCCCCUUGUGUCCACUGGGGCCUCAGGGAAGAUAGUUUGGGCCUGUCAAAGGAUGACAGGGAUGUGCGCCUGAUUGCUAUGGAAACCCAGCCUCUGCCUCUUGCACCUCCAGGUAGUGGGAGGGGCUGGCCUCCUCCCCACAGGCUGAACCCCACCUCCUUCACAGGACCGCAAUCCAAGCAGCCUCCUGAUUCAUGACCAGGCCGGACCACGUGCAAUAGGGUGGAAACCAAACUGCUCCAUGCCACAUUAUUUAAAAGAAAGGCGGGUUUUGUGGUGGUUUUUUGUUUCUGUUUUUGUUUUUUGAUUGUUUGUAAUGAUUUUUUUUUUUUUUUAAUAAAAGUACUUUGGAAGGA